CAACACUUUCUAGGCAGGAAAGUAGACUACAAGACCAAAUAAUUUUCUAAGUCAUUUUUGCUCAAUUUUCUUCCCAAAUUCGACGACAAUGGGCCUCCUCUCCCUCCUCCGCAAGCUCAAAUCAGCCCCCGACCAGGAAAUCCGCAUCCUGCUCCUGGGGCUCGACAACGCGGGCAAGACGACCCUGCUCAAGAAAAUGGCCUCGGAGGAGAUCAGCCAGACCACCCCGACCCAGGGCUUCAACAUCAAGUCGGUGCAGUCGGACGGCUUCAAGCUCAACGUGUGGGACAUUGGGGGCCAGAGGAAGAUAAGGCCGUACUGGAGAAACUACUUCGAGAAUACCGAUGUGCUGAUCUACGUGAUAGACAGUGGCGACCGCAAGCGCUUCGAGGAGACAGGGCAGGAGCUUGGGGAGAUUCUGGGCGAGGAGAAGUUGGCAGGCGUCCCAGUGCUGGUGCUGGCAAACAAGCAGGACCUCUUCAACGCGGCCCCUGCCUCGGAGAUCGCAGAGGGGCUGCAGCUCCACACCAUUCGCGACCGCACCUGGCAAAUACAGGCUUGUUCGGCCACGUCAGGCGAGGGCGUCAAGGAUGGCCUUGACUGGGUGUGCAAAAACUUGAAGAAGAAUUGAUCGCGAAGAAGAAGAAGAAGAAGAAGAAGAAGAAGAAAGAAUAAGAAGAAGAGGAAAAAGAAUGGAUCGGAGGAAGACACAGACGUCGAGGAGAUUUUGUCGUUUCUUUUUGUUCAUGUUUUCUUAUUCUAAUGUUUGUUUUGAAUAAGAAUAUUUGUUUUUAUUUAAGAAGAGUUGAUCGAGAAGAAGGAGAAGAAGAA